AUGAAGCUCUUCGUCGCGCUCUUGGCUGUCGGGCUGCCUGCCCUGGCCGCCGCCCACUCCUGGAUCGUCUGUACGGACUACCUGGAGAACAACGGCUGGUACUGGGACGUGGCUAAGUGCAGGGGAUGGCCACGAGCUGCCACAACGUUCAACCUCCGUCAUGGAAUCUUCGGAGCCACGAAUACUUACACUCAUCGCCUCGACAACCACCCUGAGGAACGGGGUCUGUGUAAGAAGAGCAGAGAUGACGACAGGUGGUACGAAGCUGACACCCCCAUGGCUGCCUACUACCAGGGGCAGAAGGUCGUCCUCACCCACCCCGCUAAUAACCAUGUGUCGGAAUCAAACUGUAGAUAUAGAUCCCAAAUAGACUGGGAGAACCUGAUGUUUGUGGUGGACGGUAACGAGGACCCCUGCUGUAUCAACUCUACCAAACUCAUCCAAAUCAUGGACAUGGGGGUGUCGCCUUAUGGCCGUUAUCUUUCUGAUGAGGUUCUGUCCACCUACCCGAAACCUGGGUUCCAGAACGUGCCUAAGUUCUGUGAGGAUCCGGAGGACGCCAUGGGAACUUACAACUUUACUAUCCCGACGGACUUGAAACCAGGCCGCCACACCUUCGUCUGGAAGUGGAUCCGUGACCCAGCAGUCAGUCCCUUCACCACCUGCUGGGAGGCUGACGUGUUUGCUACGAAGGCCGAGAGGGACGCGUUCUACGUGGCAACGGGUCGCUCCACCGAAGACAUGUGGGACUUCUACCAGAUCCACAACAUCGUGGACGGUAUGAUCAUGGAUCCGGUGGAUCCUUCCGUCAACGAGGUCAUCACUGGAUGAAGACACAAAACAAACUGAUGCACAUACAGCUACCCGUGGUAGCGAAUAAAGGCCUCUAAAUCCAAA